AUGUCAUCAUCAAAAGAAGCGCAAGCACUAGCUCGCGCCGAAUUCUGGAAUGAACGCUAUGCAAAAGCCGAUGGCGAAAAGCCGAAGCAUGAAUGGUUCCGCGCCUUCAGCGCCCUAGAACCUUUUUUCAAAAAACAUCUUUUUGGUGCACGCGGGGAGGCGGGUAAAGGCCAGAGGGUGCUGCAUUUGGGUAGUGGGGAUAGUGUUGCAACUAAGCCGCAGCUAUUUGCCUUUCCGCUCCACUAA